UAGGGACUUCCGGUGAAGUGUUUCCGGUUGGCUUGACAACACCGAAAUUAAGCAGCGGAAGCUAGCAGAGGGUUACAGUGUAGCUUCAGUUUGUUGUUAUUAAAAUUAAACAAACGCCAACAUGUCGGACGACAGGGCUGAGAGAUCAGAUGGGAAGAUAGUCAAGAUGGAAAUCGACUACAGCGCUACUGUAGACCAGCGACUGCCCGAGUGUGAGAAACUGGCUAAAGAAGGGCGGCUUCAAGAAGCUGUCGAGAAUCUUCUGUCUCUGGAGAAGCAAACCAGGACGGCUUCGGACAUGGUGUCCACAUCCAGGAUCUUGGUGGCCAUUGUGCAGAUGUGCUACGAGGCAAAAGACUGGGACGCGCUCAACGAGAACAUCAUGCUGUUAUCGAAGAGGCGGAGUCAGCUGAAGCAGGCUGUGGCCAAGAUGGUGCAGGAGUGUUACAAAUACGUGGACACUGUCAGUGACCUGACAGUCAAACUGAGGCUCAUCGACACUCUCAGAACCGUUACUGCCGGAAAGAUUUAUGUCGAGAUCGAGCGUGCAAGACUCACUAAGACACUGGCCAACAUUAAAGAGCAGAGCGGUGAGAUUAAAGAAGCUGCGUCCAUUCUACAGGAGCUGCAGGUGGAAACGUAUGGCUCCAUGGAGAAGAAAGAGAAGGUGGAGUUCAUCUUGGAGCAGAUGAGGCUGUGCAUAGCCGUUAAAGACUACAUCCGCACCCAGAUCAUCAGCAAGAAGAUCAACACCAAGUUCUUUCAGGAGGAAGGCACCGAGGAGUCUAAGCUGAAGUACUACAAUCUGAUGAUUCAAGUGGACCAGCAUGAAGGCUCUUACCUCUCCAUAUGCAAACACUACCGGGCCAUUUACGACACUCCCUGCAUCCUGGAGGACAGCUCUAAGUGGCAGCAGGCCCUGAAAAGUGUGGUGCUGUACGUGGUUCUGUCUCCGUACGACAACGAACAGUCUGAUCUGGUCCAUCGGAUCAGCGCAGACAAGAAACUGGAAGAAAUCCCUAAAUACAAGGACUUCCUGAAACAGUUCACUACCAUGGAGCUGAUGCGCUGGUCCUCGCUGGUGGAGGAUUAUGGGAAGGAACUGCGUGAGGGCUCUCCUGACAGCCCUGCCACUGAUGUCUUCACCUACACUGAGGAGGGAGAGAAGAGAUGGCUGGACCUUAAAAACAGAGUGGUAGAACAUAACAUAAGAAUUAUGGCCAAGUAUUACACGAGAAUCACGAUGAAGAGGAUGGCUGACCUUCUUGACCUUUCCAUUGAUGAGUCUGAGGAGUUCCUGUCCAACCUGGUUGUGAACAAGACCAUCUAUGCUAAAGUGGACCGGCUGGCAGGUAUCAUCAACUUCCAGAGGCCCAAAGACCCCAACGACCUUCUGAAUGACUGGUCCCACAAACUCAACUCCCUCAUGUCCCUCGUCAACAAAACCACACACCUCAUCGCCAAGGAGGAAAUGAUCCACAACCUGCAGUAGCUACCGUCUUCAGCUAUUAUACAGUCUGCUCAGUUGGACAGAAUUUCUUUUUGCAGUUAAAACUUGGUUAGGAAUUCUAAGUAAAAAACAUGACCUUUAUUCCCACACCCUCUGGCUGUUGCUUCAUUGGUACUGGCUUUGUUGUUGAGACAGUCUGGUCACUGUAAACUGCUGAUGAGGAGGAAAAUACACAAAUCUGCUCUCGGAUGUUUGGUUUCCCGAGUGCAGAUGAAUCCAGGUUCAUGAUGUUGGUAAAGGAAAAGUAAUCUGUUUGGAAAAUGGCAAAAAACAAAUCUGCAUUGAUGUAUACAACUGUUGGUCCAUACCUAAUAAGAUUUUUUUGAGUACACAUUAAAUCUUUCUUUUGAA